CCCUCCUCCUCCUUUUCCGUUUCUUUCUCUUUCUGUCUUCUCUCUCUAACCACUGACAUCUCCCUGGUCCUUCCUUCUUCUCAGCUGCAUUCCAUCAUGCCCAAAGCCUUCCUGCUGCUGUGCGUUGCCCUGGUGCUACUUGGGCUUGUGCAUGGAGCCACGUUGAGAAACAGAGAGAAAUGGAAGUCACUCAACAACCCCAGAAACCGAGAUCUGUUUUUCAGAACCCUUCAGGCAUAUUUUAAGGGAAGAGGUCUUGAUCUUGGGAGGUUUCCAAACACUUUCUCCAUGAAUGGGAAUCCUAGACCUCUCCCUUUCCAAUCAGAACUUCUUGCUUCUGCAUUUGCAGAUUAUGAAGAGCAGAAAAACUCCUUUCCUAAUUAUGUCAAAGGCUGA